AUGGAGAUUCGAGAUGUUGAUUUAGCAGCACAAGUAAAUAUCAAUAUUUCGAGACCAAUAAAAGUUAUUCAUUUUAGUGAUGGAAUUGAAGAAGAAAUUGAAGAAGUAACUGCUAACAAUUUGGAUUGUGCACCUAAAAGUGAACAUAACGUUGAUACUGCUACAUUGUCAUGGGGGCCAUGGAUUUCUCAUUAUGCAAAGAAAUCAGGAACUAAAGUAUUAAAUGCUGUUGAUUAUGCUGGUGAGUCUCUAGCCCACUUCUUUGGAAUAACUACUCCAAAGUACCAGAUUGAAAUUGAUGAAUAUGAAAGAAUGGAAGAGGAAAAAAAGAAGAUUGAAGAUGAAUCAGCUGGCUGGGUGGCAAAGAAUAGUGAUGGUAAUAUACCACUGGUAUUGAAUCGAUAUGCGUGUUGCGCGAGGGUGUUCGGAGACGUGCGAUUGGCCGCCAUGUGUGGGGCGGAGCCCGUGUGUGAGGCGGCGCGGGCCGAGAGCGACGCCGAAUUUUGGCGCCAACCUGGGCAUUCCAUUUUCGAAUUUAAAGGCGUGUGCCUCAAAUCAACGAUUGGCAUC